GGUCUGCAGCUCAUAUACAGGUUCCUCCCUCAGCUGCAUCUGCAAACAACCCCUCGCUCGUCAGCAUGGUGCACUGGACAGCCGAAGAGAAGCAGCUCAUUACCAGCCUGUGGGGCAAGGUCAAUGUGGCUGAAUGUGGCAGUGAAGCCCUGGCCAGGCUGCUGAUCGUCUACCCCUGGACCCAGAGGUUCUUCUCUUCCUUCGGGAACCUCUCCAGCCCCACCGCCAUCAUCGGCAACCCCAAGGUCCGUGCCCACGGCAAGAAGGUGCUGACCUCCUUUGGGGAAGCCGUGAAGAACCUGGACAACAUCAAGGCCACCUACGCCAAGCUGAGCGAGCUGCAUUGUGACAAGCUGCACGUGGAUCCCGAGAACUUCAGGCUCCUGGGUGACAUCCUCGUCAUCGUCCUGGCCGCCCACUUCGGGAGGGAGUUCACCCCUGCCUGCCAGGCCGCCUGGCAGAAGCUGGUCCGCGUGGUGGCCCACGCGCUCUCGUACAAGUACCACUGAGCCCUCGGCAGGGACCCACCCGGCGAAGAGACCCUACUCUGUUCCAGGCGCACCCGUGUGCGUGGAAAUGCCCUUUGGGUACCAAUGGCUGUAACCGUCAAAUAAAACCCGUCCACUGCA